AUGACUAGACGCAGUGACAGCGAUAAUGACGGAGAGACUUCAUCCCCGUCUCCGUCCUGGCGCCCAAAGAAAUGUAAAGGUGAAAAGCAUGUGUCUUUCCCUCCGGAUGAGGAGAUAGUGUCAGGCUUCGCUGAGCGCAAGGACACGAUCAAUGUUGACAGCCUCACCUUGGCAGAGGUAAUUGAGGCCUACAAGAGGAGCUGCGACAAGCACCAGGUGGAACCUAAACCCAAGAUUCUGGAACAACUUGAGAGUGUGUGUCUGUUGAGGCUGGAUGUGUGUAACGUGGCCCUGCUACAGUAUCCAGCCCAGGUCCUGUCAAGAGCCCUCCUCAGCAGCAGACUCACCGUGCUACACCUCCAAAGCACCUGCCUCAGCGGCAGACCCCUCUUCACGCUUGUGGCUGCUCUGAAGAGCAACAGAGCACUCCGGGAGCUGUACCUGUCCAACAAUAAUCUGAACAGCGAACAGGACUCUAUGCAGUUAGGAGACCUGCUCAGAUACAACAGCUCAAUCACUACUCUGGACCUCAGCAACAACACCAUAGCAAACUCAGGACUGGAGGAGAUCUGUGAAGGUCUGAGAGGUCAGACAGAUGGACUGAAGGUUCUGAUUCUAUGGAACAACCAGAUCACUAACAAUGGACUGGUCCAUCUAGCCAAAGUUCUGCCUGUCCUAAAGACUCUGGAGACAUUGAACCUGGGGGAGAAUAACCUGCAGAACAGAGGUAUCCACACACUGAGGGAAUCUCUGAUGAUGAACCACUCACUUUUGCAGCUAGGCCUGGAACACACACACAUCACGUGUGAAGGUGCUGUGGCUUUGGCUGAGUUCCUAGCUGAGAGCCGUCAGAUCCAGCGUCUGGACGUGCGUGAGAACGAGGUCAGGGCUGGAGGUCUCAUGGCCCUCUCUCUGGCCUUACGAAUCAACCACAGCCUCACCUCACUAGACCUGGACCACACACCCAAACAGGAACAGGAGACGCAGAACUGA